AUGCAUCAGCCCCUCUCUCGUUUUCAUAUGCUGUCACACUGCAGUACCCUAAAUGUCACACAAGUCAGUCUCUUACCAGAGUUUGUGUUUGUGCACCGUCUGGUAGCACAAAAACUUUAUCUUCAGACAUAUCUUGUGCUCACAACCUAGGCUGUCUGAUGCUGCUCAAUUAUCAUUUUGACAGGAAACCAGCAACACUGCGAGCGGUCUGCUAGCUUCCUGUCACUCCACUGCAAGCAGUUUACAGUCAAACAAGAUAAAGGCAAUACAGACUUCCUGUUCUCCAGUAUCCUGAAUUUAAAUUCACCAAUGGAUCUCCCUCUGAUGACGACUGCACAACUGCUUUGAAAGUACAAGGAGUUUGGCUACAAAGUCCUGCCUGUAACUGUGACACCAAACCAGCGGGACUUUUCUACUACAGGGAAUUUUCUAAAGAGGCAUGGCUGACCAAAUGUCACAAUCCAAAACGACAGUGCUGGUCCUUGUCUUCUUCCUAUUAGGCUUACUUGCAUUGCUGUUUUUCUUGUACAAGAAGUUGAACAAGGAGGCCAAUGGAGAAUAUACCAUCGAGCACAUAGUGUAUAAGGAAGGAGGGGUCAGGGACCAGGUGAGAGGUACAGUUUUAGCUCUGGAGACGCGCCUUGGAGUCCAACUGUGGCCUCAAAGUGAUACUGAUGAGGAUGGAGGGGAAAUGCAGGAGGUACAAGAUGAGGAGCGACAGGUGGAGAUGGGUAGCAGCCAGGGGAGUGACAACGAGAGAGAUGAGGAUGAGGAUGAGGAGGAUGAGGAGGAGGAGGAGCAGUGUGGUAAGACUAGUAGAAAAGGAAGUAUCACUUCGGAUGAUAACUCAUGUUUGGGGGAUUCAGAGGGAGAGGAGCAUGUCAGGUUAAUGGAUGAACCAGAGGAUAAGGCAGAGACGGGGGAGAGAGGGGAGGAGAAAUCCAGAGAUGGGGAUAGUAAAGGUGAAGCAAGCGGAGGACCUGGAUUGUUGAUAGAUCUAAAGCAGUUCUCCGGAAGUGCCAUCUGGUCUGAGGAGAGGGGAGGCAACAGCGAUGUGACUGCACUGUGAGAACAAAAUGAUUUGAAAAAACAUGAAAAAAGGCUUAGGAAAUAGUCUUAAGCAGGGCUGUAACCAGGAUUUUCAAUACACUGACGUCAUGAGUCCCUUCCAAUUAGCUGUUCAAAUAUUUUCUGUAUUUUUUAUUUCCCAACAUGAACGCUGUUCCACACUGCCAGGAAAAAAAAAAAACUAAAAGCAGUAUAAAACUACUGCAACCAGCCUAUAAAACACCCACUGUGUGUACUUUUGUAAUUGCAGAAUGUAAACUCCCAGACAUAUGACCCCAUUGUCCUCAGUGGUAACUCUGACUCUGGUCUUAAUUCUACUUCCUGUUGAGCCAUCAGGAUAAGAAGGUGAUUGGUGAAUGAAGUUGUUAUAAAUAUUAAGGAACACUGGUUUAGAUUUUGAAUGUUUGUGUAUGAGUUUACCUUUUAUAAUGUAAAACUGGCUUGGCUAGUGAAGAAAUCCAACUGCAUCAGCCUGUUGCACGCUGUAUAUUGUGGACUGUGGCAUAUGUUUUUUUUUUUAUUGCUUUAAAUGGUUUUUUUUUUCUCAUUUAUAUUAAAAAUUAAAAAGCAAAAACAGAUAUUACUGAGUUUAUCAUGAUUUUUUCAGCAAACUUUUCUACAUAUUAUAGACUAAUCGAGUAUUCAAUUGGCAGAAUGAACAAUGAAACAAUGAAAAUGAUCUCUGGUCGUAUUAUUGCAGGUGGGAGUCAAACUUUCCAUCAAGUGACAUUUCAUACAAUGUGUGUGUAUUGAAUGUGUGGUACAAAUGAGUGGUUGCCUAUAUGAAAAGAUCGAUGUUUUGUUGAAUGUAUAGAAAACUAUAACAUGCUAUGUAUCUUUGCUGUUUAAGGAUAUAAUGAUACGAUGAAACAAAACUACAGCAAGGUCACUAUAAACUCGAAACCUGUAAUAAACGUGUAAAUAUUUGACUGAGGUUACUUCCCUGUUUAAUGAAUGUAUUCAGAUGCAGUUCAUGAACAGUUUUGUUGUCAUUGUGAGAUGUUGUACAAUGUAACAGAGUAUAAAUAAACAUUACCCGUUUACAUGAA